AUGCGCCUGUACGCCUUGCUAUUCGCCAUAUUCCUCAGUCUAGAUGCCUAUAAAAUUCUAGUGUAUUCAAAUUUAUUCGGUCACAGCCAUGUGAAAAUGUUGGGAAGUGUCGCCGAUAUUCUGACAGACGCCGGACACAAUGUGACGGUUUUGAUGCCGAUCAUCGAUGUGAACGAGAGGAAUCGAACCGGAUUGAAGAGCACCAAGAAUCUCGUUAUGGUCGAAGCAAACGAAAAGACAAAAGAAAUGUACAAUCAGUUGAAGGAUUUCAUGUCGAACGUUUGGAUAAUCCAGCAGUCGAAUCCAUUUGCAAUCAUCAGCAAAGCUGUCGACAUGGCGAAGAUGUUCUCAAUCCCAUGCAUAAACGUUCUUUCUCAGAAGGAUUUGAUCCAGAAGUUCAAAGAUGAGAAUUUCGAUUUAGCAUUGACAGAGCCUUUUGAUCUCUGCGGAUACGCCUUCUUCGAUGCCAUCCAAGUGCCUGCUCACGUCUCUGUUCUUGCUUCUAGUCGUUUGGAUCAUGUGUCAGAAGCACUGGGUCAGCCUGCAGCCGCGAGCUAUGUCCCAGGUGCUCAAUCAGUGUAUACUGAUCGGAUGAAUAUAAAAGAAAGAUUUUUGAAUUUGCUUCAAGUAUUCGCUGGAGGAAAAUUAUUUUCAUACAUCGCAGAUUAUGAAUAUCGAGAAUUGCAGAAAAUUGAUCCAAAAACGAGAUCCUGGAGAGAUAUCAUGCCGGAGAGCACAUUCGUCUUCACCAACAAUAUUCCAAUUUUGGACUUCCCAGCGCCAACCUUUGACAAGAUCAUUCCAAUCGGCGGAAUUUCUGUGGUCACUGAUAAGAAGAAGAACGCGCUUCCAGAGAAAUGGAAUAAGGUGCUCAGUCUUCGCAAAAAGACAAUUCUGAUCUCAUUCGGAUCGAAUGCCAAGUCGGUUCAGAUGCCGGAGGAAUUCAAACAGUCAUUCCUCAAAGUGUUCAACAUGAUGCCCGAUGUGACAUUCAUCUGGAAGUACGAGGAGGAGAACUCGAAGAUUGUCGACCAUCUCGACAACGUCUUCCUCGGAACAUGGCUUCCUCAGAAUGAGCUGCUCGCCGACAAACGGCUCACGGUAUUCUUGACCCACGGCGGUCUUGCGAGCACCACGGAGCUAGCAGUGCUGGGCAAGCCGUGCAUCAUGGUCCCAUUGUUUGCGGAUCAGGCAAGAAACGCCAAAAUGCUCGAACGGCAUGGUGGUGCGAUUGUCCUUGACAAAACCGAUCUAUCGAAUCCGGAGAAGAUCAAGAAAACGUUCGAGGAGAUUCUGAAUAACGAUUCAUAUCGGAAGCAUGCCGAACGAGUCGCUGAAAUGCUCAAUAAUCAGCCGGCGAAUCCACGUGAGACCUUCGUCAAACACGUGGAAUUCGCGGCAAGAUUCGGACGAAUGCCUUCAAUGGAGCCAUAUGCCCGCCAUCAAUCAUUCAUCGAACACUUCUUCUUAGAUAUUAUUGCGAUUGCUCUCCUCGUCGUGAUUACUGUAACUACCGUAUCCUUCUUGGUCCUUCGAUGUCUUCUCAGGAGAAUUUGUGGCAGUGCAAAAGUCAAAUCAGAAUAA